ACAAACGUGGAGGAGUGUUCAGUGUACUAGGUACUCUGACCGUACGAAGAGUGCGCGACUAAUUCUUAAAUUAAAAUUAUCUCUUGAUAACCGUGAUAUUAAACGCCCGCACAGUGCGCGAGUGGAACAAAGAGUCGUAAGAGCGCGCAUUUACCACAGUGAUUCUAGGAAAAGCCUUCGCUGUAUAUAUUCUUGAGAUAUUUAAUAUAAAAAAAAAAAUAAAAUCGACAUGAAUCACGAAUGGAACCAGUUGGCGGUACAGAAGGAGCCACCUAAGGAACUUCGAACUAAGCUGCAGUUACCGGUAAAAACUUUAAUGGGCCCUGGACCAACUAAUUGUUCCGAGCGAGUUCUUCGCUCCCUUCGGAAUCAAAUUAUCGGUCAUCUUCAUCCCGAAAUUUGUCAGAUAAUGGAUGAAAUCAAAACUGGAUUGCAAUACGUAUUCCAAACGAAAAACAGACUAACUCUGGCGCUCAGCGCGUCGGGUCACGGUGGCAUGGAGGCAUCCAUAGGAAAUUUACUCGAACCCGGUGAAACUAUACUCAUCGUGAAAACUGGCAUUUGGGGUGAACGUGCGACCGACAUUGCCAAUCGAAUCGGGGCUAAUGUUGAAUUGAUAGAAACGCAACAUACCAUGGCUGUCACGUUGGAUCAAUUGGAGACUGCCUUGGCAAAAUAUAAACCGGUGGUUGUCUUUAUGGUUCACGCAGAAUCCUCUACAGGUCUGAAACAACCACUGGAAGGUGUUGGGGAUCUUGUCCACAAAUACGAUGCUCUGCUUAUCGUGGACGCCGUUGCGUCAUUGGGCGGCGAACCGUUCUUCAUGGAUGCUUGGGGCAUCGAUGUGGCUUACACAGGCAGCCAAAAGGUUCUCGGCGCCCCACCAGGGCUCACUCCUAUUUCCUUCAGUCCUCAGGCUGAAGAGAAGCUGUUCCGAAGGAAAACCAAACCAUGCUCCUACUAUUUGGACAUGUUGAUCCUAGGCGUUUAUUGGAAAUGUUUCGGUAACGAAGAUCGCGUGUAUCAUCACACUACAAGCGCAACAUUGUUGUACGGUUUGAGAGAGGCUUUGGCAGAAAUUGCACAAGAGGGUCUCCCAGCAUCUUGGGCCAGACACGCGGCUGCAGCUGCCAGAUUAAAAAAGGGUCUUGAAUUACGAGGGCUUCGAUGUUACGUGCAAAUUCCACGGUAUCAAUUAUCCACUGUGAUCUCUAUAGAGCUGCCACCUGGCGUCGACGAGAAGAUCAUUGUGCAGCGGGCCAUGCAAAAGUAUAAAGUUGAAAUCAGCAGAGGUUUGGGACCAACUGUAGGGAAGAUUUUACGAGUUGGAUUGUUAGGAAUAAAUGCUACACCCAAAAAGGUGGAUCUUCUUCUACGUGCUCUUGACGAAGGCCUCAGAUAUGCCAGGCAAUCGAAAUUGUAAUCAUCCAAGUAUCUUCAUCGGCUGGAAGAGCGUACGGGUUGCGGUGCUACAGGCGUUUACCAACUCCAGAAACUUGUUUCGGUCAAUUACACCGGUUACACAGACGAUUAAUCGUGUGUAUUCGUUUAUUAUUGGAAAUACUGAAAUCGGCGUACAAUUACUUUUAAUAUAAUUAUAUGAUUUAUUGCAUUAAUUAGCAAUAUCAACAAUUA